AUGGACCCUCUCGACCCGUCCAAGAUCGAGCAAUACCGAAAAGUUUGCGAAGAGACCCCCGAACCUGAGCCUUUAGAGGCCGAGGAGCUUCACGAUGUCUGGCAACAUGGCAACCAGCGCCGCCCGGUGCCACCGAAACUCUCGGACAAGCACAAGGCCGGCCUCGUCGACCUCAAGCGCCGAUGGAUUACCUUCGCGGCGACGGCCGAGAGUGCGAUCCGUGCGCAGAUCAGGAAGUUGGGCGGCUUGUAUAGGAAGUACAAGGGUUGCCUGCCGGAGAGGCCGCUGAUGGAUCAUCUCCGGAAUGUCAUCCGUUCCGAGACUACGAAGACGUGGAAGUUGAGGCGCGAGCCGAAGAUUAAGCCUAUCAUGGGCUCCGACUUCUUCACAUCUACCACCUUUACUACCGCUGGUUGCCGAAAGCACGAGCUCGUCUACGCGAAACCGAGAGACCUUGAGGCAAAAGUUAAGGAGUAUGACGAAGAAUCGGAUGCCUACACAGAUGUUCUUCUCCGAUACCACAAGGGCGAGAACAAAAACAUCGUGCCGACCUGGUAUAUCUUUGUCGAAGAGAAACUCCUAGUCCUUUGUCCUAUCACUCAUAUCUUGACUAAAGCGCUGGCCGAGGGUAUCAUCGCGAGCGAGGGAUACCAGACUAAGGCCGACCCGUCCUUCGCCACAAAGCUCAACAAGCGUGCCUUGAAGAUUCGGUAG